CAAACGCGUUAGCUGGUCGGAGCUCAGAAGCCGGAGCACUAAAACGGAUUAACGCAUUAUCAAACAUAGACCCCGAAAAUGGUUUUCCAAUGGAAUGCAGUUGCAGUCACUACGAUUGUAUUGGUUUUGAUGCAAGCCCAACUGAGCCACAGUAGACCGAAGGACUCGAAACAAACGGUGGCCGAUCGGAGACGUGAUGAUGAGUUGACAAGAGAGACACAGAUUGGUGAAUCGAAGGUCUACGGAUUGAUUCACGACGAAUCCGAGGGCAAGGAGGCCAUACAAGAAAAGGAAGAUCUACAUUCCAAGAUCCUCUCCAUGUUCGACAACGUGCAACAAAAGAUUGUGAAACUACUGAAUUCAGGAGCCGUAGUGGACAAGGCAACCCCUAAAGACUACGAGCCGAAUCCAAUUGAAGACUACGAAGCCCUACGGAAGGGAAUUGUCAACGUAGUGGACUUCUUCGCCAAGCAAAUCAAUGCCAUCAUUGAUGCACCCAAAAAUAUCCUAAGAAAAGCGAACAAAAAUUUUACCAAAACGCUCAACGAUUUCGGCUCCAAGCUGAGCGGGCUAGAAUAAGACUGAAAGGAGGGA